UAAAAGAGGGCUCCGCCGUGAAGUUUUCACCCAUUGAAAAUAUUCCGUCAAAAUGUCCAAGUUGAUCAUUCUCGCCGCAACACUGCUGUUGUGUAUCGUCAUAGCAGAGGCUGCAAAGUUUUACCGGGUGGACAAGUACAAGCUGUGUGACGAUGUCACGGAUAGUGCGGCCAAGUUUAGUGAUUUUCACGUUGUUGGAAAAUCCCAAGCCAUUUCCAUCUCUGGAACGAUGGAGGUGACCCGAAUGGCAAAGAUGCCGUUGCAGUUUCACCUGAUGGUGAAUCGCUGCGAUGUUGACCAAAGCAACUGCGAGCAUUUCGAUACAAUUGUGUUUGAAGACGUUUGCGCCAUGUACAAUGAAAGUCACCUCAUGAAGGCCCACAUGGCGUUCUUUUCGCCACCUCUAACCUGUCCGUUAAAUGUUGGAAAGUACACCUCCAAGGACGGUCUCAUGGACAUGAAGAUGUUUGAGAUAUUCCCCAUCGGGAACGCCCACUGGCAGGCGGAAAUGAGACUGAUCGAUGCUGCGAACAAAACCGCAACCUGUGUCUGGUCGGAGGUGACCAUUCUGGAGAAGGACAUGUAACAGGAGCAUUC